GUCCGUUCGUCGCAUCGUUGCAUCACAUCCUUGCCAGCAAAGUUCAGCGCAUUUCACUGCCGUUGCGUGCCUUCCCAGUCAGUCCAGACCCACUGUCCAGCCACCAGCCAGCCACGCACACGACCGAGAAGUAGAGAGUGUGGCGGCGCCGAUCCAGCUCCACCACCCAUCGACAUUGCAUCGCAGCGCAGCACAUCGCAGUCACCUCGUUCGGCAGCAUCGCAGAGCAACUGGAGGCCUGGCCAUUGAAUUCCACCCUAGCUGCCUCAAAAUUUCCACUAGCCAACGACUGGCUCAUCUGAGCCUACGCCUACAUAACCAGAGACGACUCCUCCCUUAUCUUAUCCGAAAUCGCGCCCAUCUCUCCUCCAUCUUCUUCUUCUUCUUCACCAAACGCCAUCUCCCAAGAUGUCGACCGCUGCCACCGCGACCGGCGCCAAGGGCGAGCACCUCGAGCACCAGUCCACAAAGAUUGCCCCUCCUCCUUAUGAGAACGGCUCUGGCUCUAACAGCGUCAAGUCCGACUUCUACAUCCCCAAUGCCGACGACAAGCCUCCUGGCGUCCUCAAGGCAGAGGCAGUCAAGGCCCUGUCCGGUUGGCAGCUCUGGGUGGCCUACAUCGGUAUCGGCUUGACCUCGUACGUCUACUCGCUCGACAAUGGCACCACGUACGCAUACCUUCAGCAGGCUGCCCAGGCCCAGAACUACUCGCUCUACACGGCCGCCUCUGUCAUCCAGCAAGUCAUCAUCGCCAUCGGCAAGCUCCCCAUUGCGAAGCUCUCCGACGUCUUUGGUCGCGCUCAGGGUUACGCUGUCAGCCUCUUCUUCUAUGUCCUUGGUCUCAUUAUCCUCGCCGCCUCGCCUUCCUUCUCCGCCAUCUGCGCCGGUCAAGUCUUCUACGCCAUCGGCAACACGGGCACUCAGAUCAUGCAACAGAUCGUCGUCGCCGACGCCAUCAACACGCGCUACCGUGGUCUGGCUACCGGUCUCCUCUCGCUCCCCUACGUCAUCAACUUCGCAUGCUCUCCUCUCAUCGUCGGUCAUCUGGGAACCGCCGCAAACUGGAGAUGGGGCUACGGUAUGUUCUGCAUCGUCCUUCCCGUAGCCAUUGCCCCCAUCAUCCUGGCUCUCGGCCUGGCCCAGACUGAGGCAAAGAAGAAGGGCAUCGUCGAGCCUCACCCCUACGUCAAGAUGGGCUUCGGCAAGGGCUUCAUCGCCUUCUGCAACGACGUCGACGCUGGCGGACUCUUCCUCCUCUGCGCCGGCUGGCUCCUCAUCCUCCUGCCCCUCACUCUCCACACCACGGCUCCCAACGGCUGGCAGACCGGCUACAUCAUCGCCAUGUUCGUCGUCGGUGGCGUCUGCUUGAUCCUCUGCGGCCUCUUCGAGGCAUUCAUCGCUCCCGAGCCCAUCAUCCGCAAGCGCUUUAUCACCAACCGCAACGUCCUCAUUCCGGCUAUCGUGGGCUUCUUCGACUUCUACUCCUUCUACCUCUCGUGGUCAUCGGCAUACUACUUUGUCGUCAUCCUCCGUGGGUGGAGCAACAAGGAUGCCAUCUACUUCAGCAACGCCCAGUCCCUCUGCCUCACCGUCUUCGGUAUCGCAGCCGGCGCGCUCAACAUCUUCAUCAGGCGAUACAAGUGGACCUUCUUUGCCGGCUCGCUCAUCCGUAUGCUCGGUAUCGGACUCAUGCUGGCCUACCGCGGUGCCGGGGCCACUACGGCACAGCUUGUCAUCCCUCAGGUCAUCCAGGGUCUCGGUGGUGGUAUCCUCGGUGUUGAGCUCAGCGUUGCCUCUCAGGUCUCCGUCCCUCACCAGGAUGUGGCCCUCGUCACGGCACUUGUCCUCCUCGUCACCGAAAUCGGCGGAGCAUGCGGCACGGCCACCCUCGGCGCCAUCCAGACCACGGCCAUUCCCUCACGCCUUGCGCAGCUCCUGCCCAACAACCCCACCGCCGCUAGCGCCAUCGUCCUCUCGCCUUUCACGGCCACGAUGACCUACCCUCUCGGCACGCCCGAGCGCGACGCCAUGAUUGAGGCUUGGUCCUUCUACAUGCACCGCGUCCUCACCGUCGGUAUUGCCCUCAGCGCUGUUCCCAUCGUCUUGAUCCCGCUGAUCAACGACUACAAGCUCAACAAUAAGCAGAACGUCGUCGAGUGGUCCGAGGAGGGCAAGCCGAUUGAGAAGGAAGAAUUCAAUGAGAACAGGCUCAAGAAGUCUGACUCCAUCAACGGUCACACUUGAGCGCGCAGGCGAUCCUACCUGCCACUUCCCUCCCUCGCUACCCUUACCUCUCUCACCCUUUUCCUUUUUACCCGGUUCUCGUCUCUCGGCCCACGAAUCAGUCCAAUGUCACUCUCGUCGUCGUCGUAAUUUC